UCAAUCACAAAGAAGUGCAGCACAGGGGUAUGGGUAUGUAGCUGUGCACUUCUGAUAACGUUACCUGCUGAAGAUUUGUCAUAUGUGUUUUAAAUCAGUCGAUCGGAGUGAUUGGCCAUCAAACUGUUCAGAUUCCGCUUCUGACGCAGUGUUCAGGUCGCUUAACGUUACUCAACUCGGGUGACAUCCAAUUAGCUAGCAGCAAUGAUGGCGUCGAGCUACAAUGCUAAAGAAGAGGACGGUCACCAUUCAGGGGCCGUAGGUCCUGGUGGAGCAGGUGUCAAUAAGAGCAAGAAGCCCGAUAACACGGCGUUUAAACAACAACGACUACCAGCUUGGCAGCCCAUUCUGACAGCUGGCACUGUCCUCCCAGCGUUUUUCGUGAUCGGGCUGAUCUUCAUCCCUAUUGGCAUUGGCCUCUUCGUCACUUCCAACAACAUUAAAGAGUUUGAGAUCGACUACACAGGAGUGGAGGAGUCCAGUCCUUGCUAUGUUUGCUCUUUCAAUUACACCUGGAAUAAUACAACUCCCUGCCAAUGCUCGAUUCCAUUCUCUCUCGAGCAGCCCUUUGAGAGCAAUGUCUUCAUGUACUACGGCUUGUCCAACUUCUACCAGAACCACAGGCGUUACGUGAAAUCUAGGGAUGAUAGCCAGUUGAAUGGUGAUAAAAGCUCAUUAUUGAGUCCAAGUAAGGAAUGUGAACCUUACCGCUCUAGUCACGGAUCACCCAUAGCCCCUUGUGGUGCUAUUGCUAACAGUCUCUUCAAUGAUACCUUGGAGCUGUUUUACAAUUUUCCAAAUGGUACCAGUAUUACCAUACCAUUAGUAAAGAAGGGCAUUGCUUGGUGGACUGACAAGCAUGUGAAAUUCAGGAACCCAGGAGGAAACAACAACAAUCUCACAGCUGCAUUUGCAGGCACAGCCAAGCCUGUCAACUGGCGGAAACCCGUCUAUGAGCUGGACCCCAGCGACCCUGACAACAAUGGCUUUGUCAAUGAAGACUUUAUUGUGUGGAUGCGCACAGCUGCUCUUCCCACAUUUAGAAAGCUUUACCGCAUCAUCCAGAAGAAGAAGGACAACAUGAUGCCAACACUACCCAGAGGAAACUACACACUGAAUGUCACCUACAAUUACCCUGUGCGCAGCUUUGAAGGUCGUAAGCGUAUGAUUCUGAGCACCAUCUCCUGGAUGGGAGGGAAAAACCCAUUCCUUGGCAUUGCUUACAUUACCGUAGGCUCUGUGUGUUUCUUCUUGGGUGUGGUUCUCCUCUUCAUUCACCACAAGUACGGCAGCAGGAACAACAACGCAGACAUCCCCAACUGAGAAGACCUCACCUGAGGUGCCCACGCACAUUCCUGUGUAGCUGCUGAUUCCUUGCAUGGACUACUGGCUUACCCAUUGGCUCAUUUUCUGUGUAGACAAUUGAGCACCAAAGUUAUUUAAGACAUUGAAUCCAUAUACAUUGUCAAGUGUGUACAGAUUAUUUCAUACAAGGGUCAAUAUAAAGUAUUGGAAAAUCAACCAACUGAAAUGUUCAAUUACUAUCGCAGUGCACAGCAUUAGUGCUCUUUAUUUAAGUUAGUAAUGCUGGUGGUGACUUUCUUCAUAGAAUUCUUUAUUCAGUUUCAGAAUAAGUAUAUCACAUUCUUUAGAGAUACACUCUUCUCUGCUGUAUUGAUUUUACUUGACAGAAGUUAUUUUAUGGCCUAGUUUAAUCAUGUAGUUAUCCUGCCAAAUACUGCUGGAUCGCAGUGGCAGUUUGCUUGUAAAAAGCUCACGGUUCAAGAUACACCAUUGAUUUCAAAAUCAAGCACAAUGCCACUAAGCAACACCGUUUGGUAUCUUAUACUUGAAACUGGUUACCCUGAUUUGACCAAAGUUGUUAAGAUAAUCUAUGCCACACUAUAGAAUAUAUGCAGUGUACCAUCCCAAUCAAGCUGAUUGUCUUUUGCUCAGAAGUAAGGGGGCUGUACAGAUUGAAGGAUACCUAUACAAACUGAAGGAUGUUCCUGCUUUUCCGUUCCCUAUGUGUUGUCUUGUCCAGCUGAAUGUAAUGGGUCUUGCACUGGUAGCUUAAAUGAAGCUAUUGUUAAUGUACAUUUUGCAGCCAUACCCUGUAGCAAAUAUUCAGUCAUUUUACAUAGGGAUUGCAGAUUGAUGUCAGUAUGAAUCAGACCUGCUUCUUGCUUAGUUUUGCUGCUUUAUGUUUGUUGGAUCAGAUUGACCUUAUUAUAUCUGACAUUUUGUAUGCAUGUUGCAGUUUUUGUUUAUGUAUCCCAUCAAGGGCUAUAUUUAUUUCUUUUUUAGUUUUUAUGUUAUUUAACGUUUUACACUCUUUGUUGUAUUUAUUGUGACCAGUUCAUUUGAGUUGAUAGUCGUUCAUUGUUGUGUUCUUUGUGGAUGAUGAGAAUCCUAUUUGUUUUCACUGGUUUGAAAUAACCCAAAUAUUGUAGUGUCAUACAAUGCACUUUAAAAUUGACAUACGUUUUAAAGCAGUACUUGGUGAUUAUUUAUUGUAUGCGGUUGCUUACACUUUCUUUUACAGUAUCUAGCUAAAUAUUGGUGAAAUAACAAGCACAAACACUGCUUUGAGGCAACUGUAGACCCCUUCAAAACUGGAUUUGGUAUUUGAGCCUCCCAAUUUUUAAGUCUAUUGACAAGUAAAUUGACAUGUUGUCUAUGUAUGCCUAUUUAUGUAAUACAACAAAUGUCAGCUAUGUGAACCGUUGGAUGUUCGUAGAUAUGCAUGUGAGCUGAGCUUUGUAGACACUGUAAAAGAAAAUGUAAUCAUAUUUUUGUAAUAGGGCUACAUCUUGAUUUUUAACAGCUGGAGAUUGCUAAAAUGAAUAAAUGAUCCUGCUUACUCUAUA